AUGGAUAAUACGUAUAAGGUCAACCGCUUUAACAUGCCGCUUCUACAGAUCAUUGGCACAACAGGGCUACACAAGAGCUUCAGUUUGCGUGAGGCUGGUCGGCAGGCUGAUAUUCCGGACCCGGGCGUUGUGAUUACCGACUUUGAUACCGCCCUGAAGAACGCCCUUGACUCUAUCUUCCCAUCAACGCAACAACAAGUGUGCGUUUGGCAUAUGAUGAAGAACGUGAUCCUUCACAUCAAGAAGAAGUGGGAAGGAUCCCUCGAUGGCACCGAGAUUGGCGGAGAUAGGCCAGAACAGGAGACUCGCCUCGCUGCAGCAGCCGCUCUCGACGACCCUAUACAGGCAGAUAAUGCCAUUGACGAGGACCGACCUAUCGACCGUGCCACUGAUUACCAGAUUCAACAUGCCUCACAACUGGCAGAUCAGCGGACUUUUGAGCACACAGCUGACGUGGGAUCUACUCUGUAUAGAGUUUUCGGAUCAGCCAGCUCUCGUUAA